AGGAGAAGUGAGUUCGAGUCCCGUUGCCGCUAACCUGAACUGGGAGCUGCCUCUCUGGCUUGCUGUAGUUAGCUGAGGGGCGAGGUCGUUUGUUUUUCUCUUCUACUGCCUUGAGUGGAGGCCGCGGCUUUCCCUGUGGGGCGCCAUCCCGUAAGGACAGAGUUUGCCAGGAGUUUGUGCGGAGUUCGGGCCCCAACCCCGCUGCCGCCAUGCCCGUCUUUCACACGCGCACCAUCGAGAGCAUCCUGGAGCCGGUGGCCCAGCAGAUCUCCCACCUGGUCAUCAUGCACGAGGAAGGGGAGGUGGACGGCAAGGCCAUUCCAGACCUCACCGCCCCUGUGUCGGCCGUGCAGGCCGCUGUCAGCAACCUGGUGCGGGUUGGAAAAGAGACGGUGCAGACAACAGAAGACCAGAUCUUGAAAAGGGAUAUGCCACCAGCAUUUAUCAAAGUGGAGAAUGCCUGCACCAAACUUGUUCGGGCUGCACAGAUGCUGCAAGCAGAUCCUUAUUCAGUACCAGCUCGUGACUAUCUAAUUGAUGGAUCAAGAGGCAUCCUUUCUGGAACAUCAGACUUGCUUCUGACAUUUGAUGAAGCAGAGGUCCGUAAAAUCAUCCGAGUCUGCAAAGGAAUAUUGGAAUAUCUGACCGUGGCGGAAGUUGUAGAGACUAUGGAGGAUUUGGUGACAUACACAAAGAACCUAGGGCCAGGCAUGACCAAGAUGGCCAAAAUGAUUGAUGAGAGACAGCAGGAGUUAACUCACCAGGAACACAGGGUUAUGUUGGUGAACUCCAUGAAUACUGUGAAGGAGCUAUUGCCUGUACUCAUUUCAGCUAUGAAGAUUUUUGUAACUACAAAAAAUUCUAAAAGUCAGGGAAUAGAAGAGGCCUUGAAAAAUCGCAAUUUCACAGUAGAGAAGAUGAGCGCAGAGAUAAAUGAAAUAAUCCGUGUACUACAACUCACUUCUUGGGAUGAAGAUGCCUGGGCGAGCAAGGACACUGAAGCUAUGAAAAGAGCUUUAGCCUUAAUAGACUCAAAGAUGAAUCAGGCAAAAGGUUGGCUGAGAGAUCCAAAUGCACCUCCAGGCGAUGCUGGUGAGCAAGCAAUAAGGCAGAUCCUUGAUGAAGCUGGAAAAGCAGGGGAACUGUGUGCUGGCAAAGAACGCAGAGAGAUUCUGGGGACGUGCAAAACGCUGGGCCAGAUGACUGAUCAACUAGCUGAACUCCGAGCUAGAGGACAGGGUGCUACACCCAUGGCUAUGCAGAAAGCACAGCAGGUGUCGCAAGGUCUGGAUUUGCUCACUGCGAAAGUGGAGAAUGCAGCCCGCAAACUGGAGGCCAUGACAAACUCAAAGCAGGCAAUUGCUAAGAAGAUUGAUGCUGCCCAGAAUUGGCUUGCGGAUCCGAAUGGGGGCAAUGAAGGAGAAGAACAUAUUCGAGGAAUUAUGGCUGAGGCAAGAAAAGUUGCAGAAUUAUGUGAGGAGCCUAAAGAGAGAGAUGAUAUCCUUCGUUCCCUGGGGGAAAUCUCUGCUUUGACAGCAAAGCUGUCAGAAUUGCGACGACAGGGAAAAGGUGAUUCUCCUGAGGCCCGUGCACUGGCUAAGCAAAUAGCUACAUCACUUCAGAAUUUACAGUCCAAAACAAACAGGGCUGUAGCAAAUACUAGGCCAGUUAAAGCAGCUGUCCAUUUGGAAGGCAAAAUUGAGCAAGCUCAAAGGUGGAUAGACAAUCCUACUGUUGCUGAUCGGGGAGUAGGCCAGGCAGCAAUUCGGGGUCUGGUUGCAGAAGGUCGUCGUUUAGCCAAUGUCAUGAUGGGACCUUAUCGUCAAGACCUGCUUGCCAAAUGUGACCGUGUGGACCAACUGGCUGCUCAGCUAGCUGACCUUGCAGCAAGAGGGGAGGGAGAGUCUCCUCAGGCCAGGGCAAUUGCUGCUCAGCUUCAGGACUCACUCAAGGAUCUUAAAGCACGGAUGCAAGAGGCGAUGACCCAGGAGGUUUCUGAUGUGUUCAGUGACACUACAACUCCUAUUAAACUGUUAGCAGUAGCAGCCACUGCUCCCUCUGAUGCUCCCAAUAGAGAUGAGGUGUUUGAUGAAAGAGCAGCAAACUUUGAAAACCAUGCUGCUAAACUGGGAGCGACGGCAGAAAAAGCAGCUGCAGUUGGGACUGCGAAUAAAACUACUGUGGAGGGCAUUCAGGCGACAGUGAAGUCAGCAAGGGAACUCACUCCACAGGUAGUAUCAGCUGCUCGUAUCCUCCUGAGAAAUCCUGGCAAUCAGGCUGCUUAUGAACAUUUUGAGACCAUGAAAAACCAAUGGAUUGAUAAUGUAGAAAAAAUGACAGGGUUGGUGGAUGAAGCUAUUGAUACUAAAUCUCUGUUGGAUGCAUCGGAAGAGGCUAUUAAAAAAGAUCUUGAUAAAUGUAAAGUUGCAAUGGCCAACGUUCAGCCUCAGAUGCUUGUAGCUGGUGCCACCAGCAUAGCUAGGCGAGCAAACCGCAUCCUGCUGGUAGCAAAACGAGAGGUUGAAAAUUCAGAAGACCCUAAAUUUCGUGAGGCUGUGAAAGCAGCCUCUGAUGAGCUCAGCAAAACUAUAUCACCAAUGGUAAUGGAUGCUAAGGCUGUGGCAGGAAACAUUUCUGAUCCUGGUUUGCAGAAGAGUUUCUUGGAUUCUGGAUACAGAAUUCUGGGAGCUGUGGCCAAAGUCAGAGAAGCUUUCCAGCCUCAGGAACCAGAUUUUCCCCCUCCUCCUCCCGACCUUGAGCACCUUCAUUUGACUGAUGAGCUUGCUCCUCCAAAACCACCACUUCCAGAAGGUGAGGUUCCCCCACCCAGACCACCACCACCUGAAGAAAAGGAUGAAGAGUUCCCAGAACAGAAAGCAGGGGAAGCUAUUAAUCAACCCAUGAUGAUGGCUGCUAGGCAGUUGCACGAUGAAGCCCGGAAAUGGUCUAGUAAGCCUGAUGUGACUGUGAUUAAUGAAGCGGCUGAGGCUGGUGUAGCUAUAGAUGAGGAGGAUGAUGCAGAUGUUGAAUUCACACUCCCCUAUGACACUGAAGAUGAUUACGAGCCUGAGCUGCUGUUAAUGCCAACCAAUCAGCCCGUUAACCAGCCCAUUCUGGCUGCUGCUCAGUCUCUACAUCGAGAAGCAACCAAGUGGUCCAGUAAGGGUAAUGACAUCAUUGCUGCUGCUAAACGAAUGGCGCUGCUAAUGGCAGAGAUGUCACGGCUGGUGAGAGGAGGUAGUGGAAACAAGCGUGCCCUUAUUCAGUGUGCAAAGGAUAUUGCCAAGGCAUCAGAUGAAGUCACUCGAUUGGCCAAAGAGGUGGCAAAGCAGUGCACUGACAAGCGCAUUAGAACAAACCUCUUGCAGGUUUGUGAGCGAAUCCCAACCAUCAGUACGCAACUGAAAAUUCUCUCCACUGUCAAAGCUACCAUGCUGGGCAGAACCAAUAUCAGCGAUGAAGAGUCAGAACAGGCAACGGAGAUGUUGGUUCAUAAUGCCCAAAAUCUCAUGCAGUCUGUGAAGGAAACUGUGAGAGAAGCUGAAGCAGCAUCCAUUAAGAUAAGAACAGAUGCUGGAUUCACUCUUCGGUGGGUCAGAAAGACCCCAUGGUAUCAGUAAACACUUGCCACAGAAGUAUUGUUUUGUGUAACAUAAAAUGCCUUGUUUUGGAAACAGAAGAGAUCUAUUAACAACAAAAGGUGCUGUAUUCAGGAUCUUAAGAUUAGCUUAUGUUAAUGCCCCAUUCUAAGGGUAUGAAUUAUAAGAGAAUGCAUAGCAAACGUCUUCGGAACGCAUUUGACACUGAACACCUCACGCUGGUUCCGACAGUAGACAGUUCUUACCCUUUUUUGUAUCCUUUUUGAGAUUCUCUUCAUGAAUUCUGUAUUCCCAGAAGCACAUUUCAUUUAUGCACUGUGUAUUGCAGAAGUUUCUAUGUGAUAUAAAACAUGGACUUCACUUUAAGCUUGUGUUGAGUCUAG